AUGGCAAGCCUGAACCACUCCAUCGGUGCUGACAGCCAGUACAGGAAGUCCACAGCAAGAUCGAUGCCUCCCAUCACCGCACGUACCAACCAACUUGGAAAGGCUGAGGACAGUUCACCGGAGAAACCGCGCUCCGGGCCCGUACCUCAACACCCCAUACAAUUCGGCCUAUUGCCGCGCGAGACCCAGGAAGCCAAACUCAAGAACAUCAGCAAGAUCGAGGCGAACUGGGGCGCGCCGCUGCAUCAAUGCAUUCCAGCGAAGAUACGUCCCCGGAAGCCUGACGGACACACAACGAAGGUAAAACGUCACGAGCAGAGUGCUGCCGUUGAAGAUGACCCCAAGCAAUGGGGUGUUGAAUUACUGGACCGGCUCGCGGAGAUCUCAGACCUAACGAAGAACGAUCUCGCUACUGCCCUUAAGGAACUUCAGACUGCAGUAGCCGACCGCCAUUACUACCGCUUGGAAAGCAACCAUAAUAUCGCCGAACUUCUCUGGGUUGACUGCAAUAAUGCUCUUGUUCAGCUCCGCAGCAUACAGAAGAAGACGAUUGAGGCGGCUGGGGAAGUCCAAGACCAGCCACCGCGAUAUGGCGGGACGGCUAGUCCAAGCAGCACUAGACAGUCUGCCAGACCAUCGGUGGCAGAAGGACAUCAGGACAAGUCGGCCACUCCAACGCCGAAGACCGCCGGAGCGCAGGCAAGCAGAUCCCAGGCUUCCCGCGCUGUGUCUACGCCUUCUCCUUCCAAGGCCAAAGCGACGCCUGAAAAGCCUAGAGCCCGUCAAGCUGUUCAGACACCCUCUGCUUCGCCGAACAAGGCGCCAACGGCGCCGAUGAUGCCGUUCGCGGCGCGCGGCAAGCGAGCGCAGACUAUGGAAGCGGUGUCCACGCCUUCGCCUCUCAAGGUAACUCCACCUGUCGCAUCUCAGCAGUCCACCGAGCAGCAAACUCCGGCAAAGCGUGCAGACAUUGGAGCCGCCGAAGCAUCGCUGUCGUCUUUCUCAUCCAAUGCGCCGACAGCUCCCACGAUCUCGGCCUUGACUGCACAGACCUGCGUCGUUACCGGGUCUCCUUGCGACACGCUGAGCGGCCUCACCGGCAUCGCGAACCUCUUUACGUCGCCGAACCGCAAGCCAUAUAUGCCAACUUCGGCUUCUCCCAUGUCGCGGAAGCGUCAGCGUAUGGACCUCGACUGGGAGAUGCUCGAGGCCGAAUCCAGGAUCGCGGAGGCGAAUCGUGUAAAGGCUGAGGUCGACCACAAGAAGCUUGAGUUCAGGAAGAGAGUGAUGAUGGAUCUGGAUCGCGAAGGGAGCGAGAUUUGA